AUGAAGCUGCUCAUGCCGCAAUUCUCCGCACGGGGAGCUGCGAGGAGAAAUGUUUUAUAUGAGAUCAGCACAUCACAGUUCACCUGUCCCUGCCAAAUAUCGCCGCGAUUUCGCUCAUCGCAGCCGCUGUCGUCGACAACUUCGCGACCCUUCUCAUCCACGCCCUACAAACGCUCCAGACACAUUGAAAAAGAAAUAGAAACAACUCCUCCAACUCCAAGUCCGGAACCUGACUCCUCGCUAUCCCAUCAAAUCCGUCUCCUAAUGCGACGCAUCCCACACCCAGUCGCCAUCAUAACCGCUUACUCUUCCACAACCUCAAAAUCAAAGACACAACGAAAACCAAAACCAACGCCAACGCCGCGAGGAAUGACAGUCUCAUCCUUCAACACGGUAACCCUCCACCCAAAACCAAUCAUAACGUUCAACGUGCGCCAGCCCUCCGAGACGCUGUCUGCCCUACAAUCCUCGGGCCGGUUCUUGGUCCAUUUACUAGCUCCUCAAAGCCGCAUGGCAAGACUAGCGCAUGAUUUCUCAAGAGGGAAUGCGAAUCUGGACUUGGGUGGGUUUGAGUUCGUGGAUUACAAUUAUAAUCGUGAAAUCUCAAGUGAGAAGGAUACCGCGACGAUACUUCCGCGGCUUGUGCGAAGGAGAGCUCAGACGCAUGUCGACCAGGCUAAUAGCAAUAAUAAUGACGAUAAGAAUAACGACACAAUAGAGGAAGAGGAUUUUACAUUCGUGCUCGACUGUGAAUAUUUACCCGAAAAGUCAGUACGGGUAUAUGACCAUGUCAUUGUUCUUGGAACCGUGGAGAAGAUCCUCUCAUCUGCUGCUGCUACUGCUACUGCUGCGGAUGGGUUGGCAAGGCAUGCAAAGGAGGAUUUUUGUCUGAUGUAUGCUGAUACCCGGUUCUGGAAGAUGGGCGAGGAGGUUUGA